UAUUCGCCAAUGCAUUCCAGGCAGAUUGUUCGUUCUUGACUCUGUGUUUUUUUUAUUAUUCCUGAAACUGAAUAAAUCUGACAAAUAGGUCAAUAUGUUUUGCACGAACUAAUAAAUUCGGCAACAACGUAUUGAAACAGCUUUAUUUAUCUACACUGUAUUUUGAUCAGGCACUACGUUAACCACCUUGACGUUUAGCACUAUGGAAACAUCGACUCCAGGCAUACAUUUUCACCAGUUAAUCUAAAUUCCGGUGGAUCACGAACACCGCAUGCUUCUUCCACGAUCGCGAUGGGAGUAAUCGGCCUGGAUAAGAUCAAAACCCUGCAGCAAAACCCGGCUAACAUCAGAAAUCUGUGCAUCCUGGCACAUGUUGAUCACGGUAAAACCACUCUGGCUGACUGUCUGGUGGCGAAUAAUGGGAUCAUAUCAAGUCGAUUGGCUGGGAAGCUGAGAUAUCUGGACAGCAGGGAGGAUGAACAGGUUAGAGGAAUCACCAUGAAGUCCAGCGCUAUCUCUCUGCACUACAGCACAGGCAACCAGGAGUACCUUCUAAAUCUGAUCGACUCUCCUGGUCAUGUCGACUUCUCCUCUGAGGUUUCCACAGCGGUGCGGCUGUGUGAUGGAGCCAUUGUGGUUGUAGAUGCUGUUGAGGGUGUGUGUCCACAGACCCAGGUUGUCCUCCGACAGGCCUGGCUAGAGAACAUCAGGCCUGUUCUGGUCAUUAAUAAGAUGGACAGGCUCAUUAUGGAGCUGAAGCUCACAGCUCUGGAAGCACACACGCACCUGCAGAAGAUCCUGGAGCAGGUCAAUGCUGUCACAGGGACUCUGUUCACAUCUAAAGUGCUGGAAGAGCGAGCAGAGAAGCUGAAGGAGGAGGUGAACAGGGACGAGGACCCAAGUGGAGAUCAGGUUUAUGACUGGAGUGCUGGACUGGAGGAUGCUGACGACUCUCACCUCUACUUUUCUCCUGACCAAGGAAAUGUGGUGUUUGCCAGCGCCAUAGAUGGCUGGGGUUUCAGCAUUCAGCAUUUUGCCCACAUAUACAGUCAGAGGAUGGGGAUCAGGACCGAGGUGCUGCUGAAAACCUUGUGGGGAGACUUCUAUCUCAACACAAAAAUUCAGAGAAUCAUGAAAGGCGCUCAGACCAAAGGAAAGAAGCCGCUGUUUGUGCAACUUGUGCUGGAUAACAUUUGGAGUUUGUAUGAUGCAGUCGUCAUUAGAAGAGACAAGCAGAAAGUGGAAAAGGUCAUGACCUCUCUUGGGAUAAAGGUGAUGACAAGGGACCUGCGUCACUCUGACCCAAAAGUCCUCCUCUUUGCUAUCUGUAACCAGUGGUUACCAGUUUCCAAGGCUGUCCUCUCAAUGGUGUGUGAGAAGCUUCCCAGUCCUUUAGAGAUGGCAGCAGAGAAAGUGGAGAAGCUGAUGAGUGUUGGAACCCGUCGAUUUGAUUCACUGCCUGAAAGGACGCAAGAACUGAAGACAGCAUUCCUCCAGUGUUCCAGUGGGAUAAAUGCCCCAGUCAUCAUUUUUGUGUCCAAAAUGUUUGCUGUGGACACCAAAACUUUGCCUCAGAAGAGACAGAGGCCUUUAAACCAGGAGGAGAUUGCUCAGCGUAGGGAAGUGGCAAGACAAAGGCAUGCUGAGAAACUGGCUGCAGAGAACCUGGAGAGGGUCACUCGGUCAGGUAGUGCUCUAGGAGAAGCUACUAUGACAAGUUUGCCUCUAAAGCCAGAGGAGGAAGAGGAGCAGAAGGAGGUCUUCAUAGCAUUUGCACGAAUCUACAGUGGGACAGUCAAGAAAGGUCAAAGGGUUUUUGUUCUGGGACCAAAGUAUGAUCCUGCUCAGGGCCUGAGUCUGCUGCCAGAAGGAUGCAGUGCAUCUGACUGUAUUCCGGAAGUACCUCAUCUGUCCUGCUGUACUGUGGAAAACCUUUACCUGCUUAUGGGCCGAGAGCUGGAAGAGUUGGAGGAAAUUCCUGCUGGAAAUGUUAUGGGCAUUGGAGGUUUGGAGGACUGUGUCUUAAAGACAGCUACCCUGUCAGCUUCCCCUGCUUGUUCCCCCUUCACCCCACUCAACUUUGAAGCUGCACCCAUUGUACGGGUUGCUGUAGAGCCAAAACAUCCAAGUGAGAUGCCAAAGCUGGUUUCUGGGAUGCGUUUGUUGAACCAGGCAGAUCCAUGUGCUGAGGUUCUGAUACAGGAAACAGGAGAGCAUGUUCUGGUCACUGCUGGAGAAGUUCACCUGCAGCGCUGUCUAGAUGACCUCAGAGAGAGGUUUGCCAAGAUAGAGAUUAGCGUGUCUAAGCCCAUCAUUCCAUUCAGAGAAACUGUGGUGCGACCUCCAAAGGUGGAUAUGGUGAAUGAGGAACUUGGCAAGCAACACAAAGUUGCUGUCAUUCAUCAGGUGAAAGAAGAGCUUUCUAAGGGUCCUUCAUCAGACUACCAUCAUGUGGACCCUGACGGUCUUGUUACCCUCACCACUCCUAACAGACUUGCUACUGUCUGUGUACGGGCCAUCCCAUUACCACAGGAGGUGACUGUUCUCUUGGAGAGAAACUCUGAGUUAAUUCGGGCUCUGGAGCUGAUGAACUCAUCCCUCAGGGAGGGGAGAGCCAUGGACAUAAAUCUCAGGACCCUGGAGGCUAUUGCAGAACUGAAAGACCAUCUUCAGAGCUUGCUGCAGGGAAGAAAGUGGCGGAAUGCUGUGGAACGGAUCUGGGCUUUUGGGCCUCGGAGGUAUGGUCCCAACAUUCUUCUGAACAGCAUUAAAGACUACAGCCGACUGUCAGUGUGGCAGUGUCUUGAGUGGAGACACAGUAAUGAUCAAGUUAGAGCUCCAGCUUCUCCACUCCGAGUCUUUGAUAACAGUAUCAUCAGUGGUUUCCAACUUGCAACCCUGUCUGGUCCCAUGUGUGAAGAACCCCUGAUGGGAGUUUGCUUCUCAGUUGAGAGGUGGGAUGUUGAGUCUGUAGCUUUUUCACAAAAUCCAGACACCUUGAAAGAGGACUCAGUUUCCCCUGAAGCAUUGCGAGAUGUAGGUUCACAUGGAAACAGUGUAGAUGCGACAGACCCAGAGCGAAAGAUGGAUGCUUCUUCUGUGGACUGCUACGGGCCAGUCUCCGGCCAGCUGAUUGCGGCCAUGAAGGAGGCAUGCCGGCAUGCCUUCCAGGCUCAACCCCAGAGACUGAUGGCAGCCAUGUACACUUGUGAGAUCAUGGCAACUGCUGAGGUACUGGGCCGGGUUUAUGGUGUACUUGGAAAGCGAGAAGGUCGAGUCCUCCAUGAAGAGAUGAAAGAAGGGACAGAUAUGUUUAUCAUCACAGCUGUUCUUCCUGUUGCUGAGAGCUUCGGGUUUGCUGAUGAGAUCCGCAAGAGGACAAGUGGACUGGCCAGUCCACAGCUGGUUUUCAGCCACUGGGAGGUGAUCAGCAGUGACCCAUACUGGGUUCCUACCACAGAAGAAGAAUACCUGCAUUUUGGAGAGAAGGCAGACUCUGUGAACCAGGCCCUGAAAUACAUGAACGCUGUCCGUCGACGGAAAGGUCUUUUUGUGGAAGAGAAGAUCGUUGAGCAUGCAGAGAAACAGAGGACACUUAGCAAGAACAAGUAGAGGAGAUAUCCGUCUGUCCUAUCCCGCUGUAUCUCUCUGAUAAUGUUGACCUCAAGUCAAUUCAGCAACAUUUUGUGUUGGACUAUACUCUGCCACGAGUCUUUAAUGCCAUCAUGCAAUUGUCCUUGGAGCUCACAUAUUGCAUAGCAGCAACAGCACACUUCCUCAAGUUUCUAAUUCAAUGAGAUUAAAUGACAAAAUAUUAUGAAUAAAGUCUAUUUAAAAAGAAAA